UGCAAAAAUAUCAAAAAUUAUGAAAAUAAUUCUGAAACUGAAAAUUUGAAAUGUUUUUUCAAGAAAAUGCGUCUAGAAAGUUUUUUAAAUGUGCAUCCUGAAAAAUAUCGAAACAGUAGCGCUCGUCAAACUCGGUCGACAACUCCUGUUGACCUUUCAAUGGUUCACCAGUAUCGAUCUCGAUCGGUUGAUUACUUAAACUUAUGA